AUGACAUCCACAUUGUCAGAGCUCCCUACCGUACCAGAAAUUGGACUUGAACCGCCACCAUCAAAACUUGCAUCAAAAGCUUUUUCAUAUGCGAAACAACAUUGUACUGAGGCUGUUUACAAUCAUACCAUCCGUUCCGCAUAUUGGGCCCUGAUUAUCGCCAAGAAGCUUCCCGAGUUUAGCCAAAAUGCGCAACUGAACUUGGACGCUGUGAUUAUUGGCUGUAUUCUUCAUGAUAUUGGAUGGGCCAAAACACCGGAACUGCUAUCUACCGAUAAGCGCUUCGAGGUUGACGGCGCUAAUAUAGCACGCGAUUUCAUAAAAAAUGAGCAGAACCAGAUGAAUGCAGAUGGCCUCAUGAGUGAAGCUGUCAUUCAGCGAGUUUGGGAUGCUAUCGCCUUGCAUGCCACGGGAUCCAUUGCUCGACAUGCCGCACCCGAGGUUGCUCUUACCAAUUUGGGUGUGGCAGCUGAUUUUGCGGGACCAAGUCUUCGCGGCCCAGAUGACAUGGCCCUUAUAACGUCUCAGGAGUACCAUGCAAUAAUGACUGUCUUUCCACGCGCAGGCUUUAACCGAGAUGGAUUUAAGGAAAUUAUGUGUUGGCUGUGCCGUACAAAGCCUAAAACCACCUAUGACAACUGGGUGGGCUCAUUUGGGCGCAACUUCGGAACAAAUGGUGUUGGAGCAGGACGCGAGGAAUAUGGCAUCAAGCUCACGAUGCAGCUGUCUAAUGCGCAAAUUGACAUGAUAGCCGUUGCUGGCCGAGUCUGCUCUGCCCUGUCCGCUCUAGGUACAAUCACGAUUAUUGUUACCUUUUGUUGUUCGCGAUACUUCCGCAAUCCGAUCCAUCGUAUUAUCUUCUUCAAUGCGUUUUACAACUUGCUCGACUCCGUCGCGACAAUGAUAUCCGUUAGUGGGCCUGGAGCAGGAAAUAGCUCGGCUUUAUGCCAGUUUCAGGGCUUCGCCUUACAAAUGUUCCCACUUGCAGAUGUGCUCUGGACAUUUGCCAUGGCCAUGGACACCUACCUUGUUGUCUUCUACCACUUUGACGCGCACUCCCUACGCAAACUGGAGAUGAAAUACAUAGGUGCAAUUACCACUCUUACAUUUAUUCCAGCCUUGGUCUUCUUGUUCAUCCAAACUCCUGAGAAAGGGCCUAUAUAUGGCAGCGAAACAAUUUGGUGUUCAAUAUCUGCACAUUGGAUGCUUAUCCGUUUAAUUCUCUACUAUAUACCUGUCUGGUUGACCAUCGCGAUUGUGAUGGUUAUAUAUUGCCUCAUCGGCAUCGAGAUCUCAAGACUGCGAGACGAACUCAAUUUAAGCUCAGACGAUCACAUUGCCCUUACAUCGAUUUCUGCAGACAAGAAUCCCUUUGAUGGCACCAGUGGUACUGUCACUAUUGUCGAAUCAGAUCCCCCAAAUAAACCACCACAAAUCUCAACUUCGCAAAUCACACGCCAAUCCUCUGUGGAAUGCACCUCCACUCCGCUAGCUUCAUCGAUCCCUAUCAGACUCGUGAAAUCCAAGUCUCCAAAGCAGAAAAGUGUAUCAUUCAAAGAGUAUAUCCUCAUGCCUUCGCUAUUCUUUCUUGCUCUGCUAGCAACCUGGGUCACGCCGACUAUUAACCGUGUCUCCACUUUUAUCCACCCAGACUACCAGUCAUAUUCACUUCUGCUGGCUGUCAGUGCGCUGGGAUCACUGCGUGGGUUUUGGAAUGGUAUCAUUUUCAUUACAGUGGGAGUAAAAGGGUGGAGGAGACGAUCGUUGGAUAAGCGAGCACCUGACACGAAG